UUCAAAUAUCCACCAAAACGACUAACAAAGAACUAGCCAAGAGAUUUUCUUAUAACAAUAUAAUAAAAUGAACUACUUUUUAAGUGCUUUAACUGCGUGGGGCUCAUUAUUCAUAUGCUAUUCCUAUCAAAUUAUUUUAUUUCCCCGACUGUAUAAUUAUUAUUGUAUAAAUUGCAAAGUUUCAUUCCUCUAGACUACAAAGCUUACUUUCGACGAUCUAGAGAAAAAUUAAUGUUUUUUUUCAUACAUGCUAUACCAUUAAAAAAAAAUUUAAACAGUUAUCUACUUCUAUAACAAUAAUAAUUUUUUUUUAAUUACAGUAAAUUGAAAUAAGAGUCAUAAAUUAAGUCUUCUUUGAGGAAAAAUUGUCUUUAUUUUAGCAAUAUUGAUACCAUUUUUUAAUAGUAUGCGAGUUCCUUUGUUUUAAUGAAAUCUUUUCUUAUAAGGCGAAGAUUGACAGUGAAAUAAAACAAUAAAUGAAACCUUACAGAAUGAUAUUUUACCGCUAUGGUAAAACAAUGUUCAUCAAAAACUGAUACAAAAAAAAAAUUCUUGGGGUAUAUUAUUAUGUAGUUGACUAAUUACAUAGUGGUUUGUAAAUGGUGGGGGUAAGUGCAUGGAUGGUCUUAAACGGAGCUCUUAGUCGUACAAUAGCCUAUAUUGUUUCUAUUUAGCGAUCUAUGUCAUAUAGCACGUUCUAACCUUCAAUAAUAAUAUUAUUAUAUGCACUACCUAUUCGAGGGUAGCUGUCGGUAAAAGGGCUCGUACUGAACAGAUCUAUUGGACGAAGUGGGGAAUUUUAGGACGUUUUCAGGAUCCGACUGUCUUGGUGGACAGUUUUAUGUUAACCUGCUCACAACAACACCUAUUUUAUCUUUAAAUAUUCUUCCAGGUACGUUACUUAAAUAAUAUUUUUUUAUUCAUUUUUUCUUCUGCAUACGUCUUUAUUAGGUGCGCGAUUGGACACGGUUUGAAGUGCGCUAAAAAGCAAUCAUCGCGAUCGGAUGUAAAUAAAAACCUGUACAUUUUACAAAAGCUACGUUGAAACAAUUAGCAUGCCGAUCGAAUAAAAAAAAAACUUUUGUUUUUUUUCUCCAGGAAUAUCAACAUGAACGACGAGGAUACUGUUGUCAUUUAAUAAGUGAAUUCACGAUGACUAUGUCCAAUACUUUUGUGGGACUAAAUUGCGAUUUCACUGAGAUGACUCACAAGUCAUAACGAUCAAAGUCGUCUGUAUAUUUUAUAGGAAAACACACGAGAGUCCUGUUGACGUCAUGCUAUACGCUCAUACUUUGGUUUCGGUGUAUCAGAUUCUUACAACUGUGGCCUUGUUGAUCGUUGCGGUUUCGCCGGCAGGUAGAGAAGUGUUGGGUUUGAAGAAGACUUCACUCACUCCGUGGUUCCAGACAGCUCCUAGACAUCCGAAAAACAGGGAUAUGAAAAUUGAUAAACUCAACAGGCUCAUCGGAUCAGAUUACGAUGAAAUGUGGAUGAGCAAAUCAAAUAUUCUAACGGCUCAGAGUAAUUCAACUUCUGGAGUUAAUGAUGGUCCAUUAUCACCGGACAAUAUUCAAUUGCCCGAUAAACUUCCUAUUCAAUAUCAAGAAUUAAUGCGUAAUUGGUUAGUUCGAAGAGGGUCAUGUCCUGUCGAAUUUGUGUGGACUGAUCUCGGCAAGUUAUUUUGGCCUAGAUGGAUUAAAAAAGGUCGAUGUGGUCGUUCGGAAACAGUAAGCUGUAGUUGGCCACCAGGCAUGUCUUGCAUACCGUCAUCCAUUAAAGCUUUAAACCUUUUACGAUGGCAUUGUUGGCUUAAAAAUAGAAAAAGGAAACAUAGACGAGAAAGGUCAGUUGCUAUAGAAACGGUUACCAAUAAAACAAUGGUAAAUACUAAACAGAAGAAAAGUAAGAUAAACAAUGCUAGUAAAAAAAAUUAUGAAAAAUUUCGAUGUUUAUGGAUUAAAGUACCCUAUCCAGUAACUGAAGAUUGUACGUGUUCGUGUAGAAAAAUAGGAGAUUAAAUUAAUUAUUAUAACUGAAUCAUAAAUUGUAAUUAGUAAUAUAUUUGUAUACAUUGUAAUAAUGAAAGUUUAUUUAAAUGACUUGUAUCUUCAUUUAGUCUAUAAAAUUUGGAAACCAUGUA